ACAGCCCUUGAUAAGAAGGUCUAGCAAUGGGGUCCAAAAACAUGGAGAAGAAAAUGAUAUUUCCUAUUGCUGUUCUAACAUCCAUAGUAUGCAUUUGCUUUCUUGCAACCUCCUUCAACCUGGGCAUUGUUUCUUCCAUCCACACCAUUAACACAAUCCUCUCAACUUUGCCAUCUACAAACCAAACAGAAGCAAAUGUUAAUCAAGCUCCAGAGUCCUCUGUUCCUCGUUUCGCUUAUCUGGUUUCGGGAUCAAGAGGUGAUCUUGAAAAACUUUGGAGAACUCUUUUAUCACUGUACCAUCCAUUGAACCAGUAUGUUGUUCAUUUGGACCUCGAAUCUCCGGUAGAGGAGAGACUAGAGCUUGCUUCAAGAUUGGAAAAAGAAGCAAUUUUUGCUCAAGUUGGGAAUGUUCAUAUGAUUACUAAAGCUAAUAUGGUUACUUAUAAAGGGCCUACAAUGGUUGCAAAUACUCUUCAUGCGUGUGCUCUUCUUCUCAAGAGAAGUAAGGAUUGGGAUUGGUUUAUUAACCUCAGUGCUUCAGAUUAUCCUCUUGUCACUCAAGAUGAUCUUCUUUACACGUUUUCUGAUUUAAACCGGGAACUGAAUUUCAUCGGACACACUAGCCGGUUGGGCUGGAAGGAGGGUUAUAGGGCAAAGCCUUUGAUUGUAGAUCCGGGUCUCUACCAAUCAGAGAAGUCAAAAAUCUUUUGGGUCACACCAAAGAGAACUUUGCCAACUGCCUUUAAAUUAUUUACAGGAUCUGCAUGGAUGAUACUGUCACGUUCAUUUGUAGAAUUCUGUGUAUGGGGUUGGGAUAACCUUCCAAGAACCCUACUCAUGUACUACACCAACUUUGUCUCAGCUCCAGAAGGAUACUUUCAAACUGUGAUAUGCAAUGCGCCACAAUUUGCUAGUACUGCUAUCAACCAUGACAUGCAUUACAUUGCUUGGGACUAUCCCCCGAAACAGCACCCACGCACCCUGUCCCUUAAUGACUCGAGCAAAAUGGUUGCAAGUGGUGCUGCCUUUGCGCGUAAAUUCAAACAAGACGACCCUGUCUUGGAUGAGAUUGACGGGGAAUUACUAGGCCGUAAAAAUGGAAGCUUUACGCCUGGUGGAUGGUGCUCCGGUGAUCCCUCCUGUUCUGAGGUUGGGAACCCUUCCAUGCUCAAACCAGGUCCAGGAGCACAAAGGCUAAGCCAUCUUAUUGGUAAGUUAUAUUCGUCAGCUAAGGCUACGGUUAAUCAAUGUAAAUAGCCUCACCAAAAAGAAAUCAGUGUAAAUAGAUUUUACUCAGCAUUCAAGUUGCUCUUGCUUGUAGAGGGAAAAAGAAACCAGAAAAGUUAGUUCAGACUUCAGACCACAAUCCCAACAACUUCUUAUUGGUAUAUUGUAACUGGAAUACAUCUUGAUUACCAUUUUUUUUCUUAGUAUCAGUGUCACACGUUACUAAUGUUAUU